GGGACAUACAAAAUGUCGAGUGAUUGUUGUAAUAUAUCGUUUGAUCCAGUGAAGUGGAGUGAAUAUUUUAAUAUUCGCGAUGACAUAGAACUUGAAGGUGGAACUUUCCGUAUUUAUCGACGGGGUGUUGAGGGCCCCCUCCUGUUCUUCUUGCAUGGUGGUGGCUUUUCUGCAUUGACAUGGGCUGUUCUAAGUGUCCUUAUAACUGAUCAAGUCAAGUGUCAAUGCUUAGCUGUUGAUAUGAGAGGGCAUGGCGAUACGAAGUGUCUACAUGACGAUGACCUUUCUAUCGACACACUCUCGAAGGAUAUAAUUAAAAUAAUAUUUGCUAUGUACCCAAUGGAAGCCCCGCCAAUUAUUCUUGUUGGUCAUAGCAUGGGGGGAGCUGUAGCUGUACACGUGGCUUGUAAGCGAACUAUCCCUUCAUUGGCUGGUCUUGUUGUUAUUGAUGUUGUUGAAGGUACUGCUUUAAGCUCACUGCGAAGUAUGACAGCUUUCCUACGCAGUCGUCCUCAGAAUUUUCGUUCUUUGCCUCAAGCAAUUGAGUGGAGUGUUCGAAGCCUGCAAAUUCGUAACGUAAAUUCAGCUCGGGUAUCUUUUCCCGGCCAACUGAAGCGCAUUACAAGUGGUCAAACUGCUACAAGUGAAUUGGAUGAAGGAAUCGCAUUUAUUUCUGAAAAUGUUACUUGUGUACCAUUAAAUACAAUGACAGAUGGCAGAGUUUCUUCUGUUAAUCGACUCUCAAGUCAACCAUUGUUUGAAGAUUCAGAAGCAAAUGAAGUCGACUGUAAUGAGUUAGAAGUUGAUAUCGCCGAUGCACAAGAUCAAUCUCAAUUUAAUCAUAAUCCGUCUGAGUCAAGUCGUCCACAGUAUACUUGGCGCAUAGAUUUAAUGAAAACCCAGCCUUUCUGGCAAGAAUGGUUUUCUGGUUUGUCGAAAUUGUUUCUUUCAAUACCUGAACCAAAACUGCUUUUGUUGGCUGAUGCUGAUCGAUUGGAUAAAGACCUUAUGAUUGGACAAAUGCAAGGUAAAUUUCAAGUCCAACUGUUCCCUCGCGCUGGACAUGCUGUUCAAGAGGAUGCACCAGAUAAGGUUGCUGAAUGCUUGGCCAGAUUUCUAGUACGCAACCGAUUUACUGAAGGUCGUUCAGAUUUGUGAACAGUUAACAGUGCUUCAUGCCAAAUCGACUGCUGAAUUCCAUUAUUUCAUUCUGUUCGUAUACUGGUCAUGCUCGCUCUGUGGUCGUACUCAGUAUAUGCUUGCAUAUGUGUGUACACAAGUUUUAGUUCUAGUAUUUGUAACUCUCUAUCCAGCCUUUAUUUCUAAGAAGAUAUUGUAUUGUUUAUUACUUCUAAAAAGAAAGUUCCACCUGACCACAAUAAUGUCACAUUCAACCUACAAAUUUGUAGAACACAAUAAAAGUUCAAUUGAACAUACAAACUCAGUUGAACUAGUGAAAUGGGCGAUAUAAAGAAUUCACUUCUUAUUGUUCAGAUAUUAUGCAUGGUAUGCAUAUCCCAGUUCAAUUUAUAAUGUACGUAUUUGUCAGCAUCCCCUGUUUGCUUCUUGUGAAUAUAUAGUUUUCUUUUGUAUGUAGAGUACUCUUCUCUUCCUUGUCCAUAAUGACUGUCCUAGAUCUCUUGCUUUCAAACUUCAUAUAUAUAGUUGUGAUUACGCAUACUUCUUCGUUUUACCACCUUUAUUUCAGUAUUUUAUCUUUCCGCUUAACCUUGUAUUACAAACAAUAAGUACAACUCCUUUUUACUGUCAACCUACCUUUUCUAUCCUACGUUUUACAUUCUAUCUUUAAUUAAUUAAGGUGAUGAUGUUUAACUAAAGUGUGCACAUUCAACUUUUACCAUUGCUUUUAUCGUCAUAUUUUCUGUACAAAAGUGUUUAACUUACACACGAAAGCUUUGUAAAUCUUUUCACUUCUCUUCCUCAUCGCGCUCACUCACUUUUGUUGGUGUUCCUUCUUAUCUUCUCAUUGGCACGAUAAUUAUUAUACGUUAACGUUGAGGAUCUUCUGUUCAUCAUUAUAUUUCUCUUAAUGAGAGUAGCUUGUACUGAUGAUACUAAUAACUAUCAUAGCCUGUGUAAGGGUGAUCCUGUUAUUGUCAUUCUGUAAUAAAUAGUAUAGUUACCU